GGCUCAAGAACAACGUCGUUCUCAUCGCAUGCGAGGGCCAGUUUCCAUCAGCAGAGACAUCCACAGAUGUAUAGAAGAGCAUCUCAGCAACAAGUACAACAGGCACAACAGCAACAGAUUACCAUACAGAUACCCGAGACGCCGCAUUUUGGACCAACAUCAGUAACAUCGUCGCCUUCCGGGUUUAUACUAUCACAGCAACAGCUACCAGCGUCACUACAACGUCAGCAUGGGUUCCCUCCAGGUCUCAAUCGCCAGAACAGCUCAAACACAACCACAACCACCACAGCGACAUUGACCAAUGGCAGUUCGAGUCCUUUACUAUAUCCAGUUGGAAACAACGACGAGGUACCAAUGACGCCACUAAUGCUUUCAAAUCCAGGUAUAUAGCAUAUGAUCUAUCUCGACGUUUAAAUAGGCUCUCUACAGGUUUAAUUUCCAUUCAAUUCAGGCAUUUCUUUUAUUUUCAUUAUCAAAGGCAGAAAAGUACUUAUAAUUACUCUCUAGAGUUGAUGAUAUCGACAAACUCUGGCUUCAAGGAAGCACCACCAA